AGGGCUUUGGUAAAGGUCCACUAUAAAACCCUUCCUCUAAAGGGAAGGGCCAGAAGAGAACUGUGAGUCUUUCCACUUGGAUCCUAUAGGCGAGGGGAAACUCCUUUAGUGAGAAAGGGCUCUUUACAAUUACUUUUCCUUUACCCAUCCAAACUGAGCAAUGAUGUUCCCUAAUGCACUUGCGCCUCCCGCUAUAUGCCCAAGUCUUCUUCGACCGCCGGCGGGUCUCUCUCUGCCCCAGUCCUUGCAUUCAGCUUUCCCCGUCCACUCGAGCUUUUUGGUGGAGGACCUGUUGCGGAUCAGUCGGCCGGUGAGCUACUUCCACCGGACGAUUCCCUCACCCAGCUUGUCUCCCCUGGCAUCAGGAGCCACCACGCUGACCUGCAGUCAUCACACUCACCAAGCUGUCACCUCCACUUUAGCACAGACAAGGACGGGUUCUCCUCAGACCGCACUCUCCAUCAACCACGACCCUAACUAUCUGAAGUUUGGAGUUAAUGCCAUCCUAGCACCAUCAACGAGAAACGCAUCGUCUCCACGUUUAAUGCAUCAUGCUAUGCACACAAAAGCCUUCCCUCUGCCAUAUUUUGACUGUUCGUUUCAUCCCUUCAUCAGAGCAUCAUAUUUUCCAGCAUCCUCUUCAGUGGUUCCUAUCCCCGGUACAUUUUCAUGGCCGCUGGCUGCAAGAGGAAAGCCCAGGAGGGGGAUGCUACGACGGGCAGUGUUCUCUGAUGUCCAGCGCAAAGCCCUGGAGAAAAUGUUUCAGAAACAGAAAUACAUCAGCAAACCAGACAGAAAGAAGUUGGCUGCAAAACUUGUGCUUAAAGACUCACAGGUGAAAAUCUGGUUCCAAAACCGAAGAAUGAAAUGGCGUAAUUGCAAAGAGAGGGAGUUGUUGUCGUCCGGAGGUUGCCGGGAGCAAACCCUUCCGACUAAAAUGAACCCCCACCCGGACCUCAGUGACGUCGGGAAGAAGUCUUGCGAGGAGGAGGUAGACGCGUACAGCCCGCGCGCGGCCUUCUGCCGCUCUCCAUCAGAGCGCGAACUUUUGAACAGUGUGGAGUCGCAUCUCUCUUCGCCUUGCAACUCCAGCAAGCACUCCGACUUUUCAGAAUCAGAGGAGGAAGAGAUUACAGUGUCUUAAUUAUGAAUAAUACACACGUUAUGUUUGUAUAACGUUGUUGGAUCACAUAUAUUGUUGCAUAUAUUGUAUAUAUAGACAUUAUUACCCAAAUUAGAUCCACACAUCCUUUGAUUUGAGUAUAUUAUUUGUCCGUGAUAUUACCAAUUCACCUAUCCCUAUACAUACAUGUAGGGGCCAUAUUGGUUGUGGUAGAUAUUUCAGUGCUUAUUAAGGGAUUCACUUAGUAAAUUAGAUGUAUUCUUGCAGCUUUUGCUAUUUGUACCAUAUUUUGUAAGGGCCACUUUUAUAUCAAGAGGAUUAUACCUGAUUUAAAGGCUUAUAUUAGAUGCAUUGCUUUUCAUCUAUGUAGAUGUUAAAUCUAUAACUUAAAAAAUAAAUAUAUUAUUUGUAUGCUUUGUUUAAAUGUUGUACUUUUGAGAGUAUUUUUUCAAAUAAAACUA